AUGGCAAUCGAAAUAUCGGACAAGUUGAAGUCGCACUUCCUCCCCAAGAAGCUGCUGUUUUAUUUCCUGUUCCAUGGACUUCACUUUGGGCUUUUUGCCUACGGCUGGUGGAAACAAGCGACUGACCCGCGGUUGGCACCGCUGAACGCUUUGAAAUUCUCCAUUUGGAUUUCAAGAGGCGCUGGUCUUGUUUUGAGUGUUGAUAUGCUCAUGAUUCUUCUGCCCAUGUGCAGAACAAUUCUUCGGGAGAUCAGACCGAGGUUACGUUGGUUGCCACUCGACGAAUCUCAGUGGUUUCACAGACAAGUAGCAUAUACUAUGCUCUUCUGGACCGCGUGCCACACACUCGGUCACUAUGUCAAUUUCUUCAAUGUUGAAAAGACCCAGGUCCGCCCGGUUCUUGCCGUGGAGAUUCACUACACGCAAGCCGGUGGCAUUACGGGACAUGUCAUGCUGCUAUGCAUGAUGCUCAUCUACACAACUGCGCAUCAAAGGAUACGACAGCAGUCCUUUGAAACCUUCUGGUACACGCAUCACCUCUUUAUCCCCUUUUUCCUCGCCAUGUACACGCAUGCAACCGGUUGUUUCGUGCGUGACACCACCGAUCCCAUCUCUCCAUUUGCGGGCAGCAAAUUCUGGAACCACUGCCUUGGUUACGAAGGCUGGCGGUGGGAGCUGGUCGGCGGCGGCCUCUACCUGCUCGAACGACUCUACCGCGAAGUUCGGGCCCGGCGAGACACCAAGAUUGUCAAGGUUAUCAGGCACCCCUACGAUGCGGUCGAGAUUCAGUUCAGCAAACCGAGCAUGAAAUACAAGGCCGGACAGUGGCUGUUCAUCAAUUGUCCUUCAGUCUCGACUCAACAAUGGCACCCCUUUACUAUCACCUCCUGUCCAUUUGACCCGUAUGUCAGCAUACACAUCCGGCAGGUGGGCGACUGGACGCGGUCAGUAGCCGACGCACUGGGUGCCGGUCCGGCGCAAGCCAAGCUCUACGACGACAUGGACCCGAUGGGAAUGUACGAAGUAGCGCUACAACACGGGCAAGAAAUGCCCGCAAUCCGGAUCGACGGGCCAUACGGAGCGCCGGCAGAAGACGUGUUCGAGAACGAGAUUGCGAUCCUGAUCGGCACGGGCAUCGGCGUGACGCCAUGGGCCAGCAUCCUCAAGAACAUCUGGCACCUGCGGACGUCGCCGAACCCGCCGAAGCGGCUGCGCCGCGUCGAGUUCAUCUGGGUGUGCAAGGAUACGACGUCGUUUGAGUGGUUCCAGGCGCUGCUGAGCAGUCUGGAGGCACAGACGCAGGGCGGCUCGGGCUACGGCACCGGCAUCGACGGCCAGGACGACUUCUUGCGCAUCCAUACGUACUUGACACAGCGCGUGGACGUGGACACGGCGAACAAUAUCGUCCUGAACAGCGUUGGCACCGAUAAGGACCCCCUCACGGAACUGCGCAGCCGCACGAACUUUGGUCGCCCGGACUUCGCGAAGCUGUUUUCGGGGAUGCGCGACGGCAUUGUCAAUCGCAGCUACAUGAGCGGGUUGGAGAGCAGUCUGCGCACCGACGUGGGAGUCUACUUCUGCGGACCGAGUGUUGCGGCCAGGGAUAUUAAAAAGGCGUGUAAGGGCGCGACGUCGAGGGAUGUCAACUUCAAGUUCUGGAAGGAGCAUUUCUAG